AGAUAGAUAGAUAGAUAGAUAGAUAGAUAGAUAGAUAGAUAGAUAGAUAGAUAGAUAGAUAGAUAGAUAGAUAGAUAGAUAGAUAGAUGUUAAUGGGAAAGACAGAAUUCAACUCAUUGGACACAAAUGCUGGGAGGCGGGGCCAUGAUGGGGAAGGAUUACACGUUGGCCAUCAUUAUAGUCAACUAUGACGAUAAUAUCUGGUCGGAUCAGAGUCUGGCUGUAGAUCCAGACCUGCCAUCUGGUUGGAGGGUCAUUAGAGACUCUACUGGUACCUACUACUGGCACGUCCCCACCGGAGCCACCCAGUGGCACCACCCAUGUCACAGUAGCAAGCAGUCACUCUAUACUACCCAGGAAGGCUGUGGUUCAAGACCUUGCUCCUCAACACAGGCUAAUGGAAAAACAAAGGGACCAGUAGCGUCUGUGGAGGGAAGGUCCUCCUGGCAUGAAGACUAUCUCACCAGCCAUGACCCAGAUGCAAAGUGUUUCGCUGUGCGCUCACUGGGCUGGUUGGAGGUGCCAGAGGAGGAACUGACUCCUGGGAGAAGCAGCCUGGCCGUUAAUAACGUCAUCCAACAGCUGUCUCACUGCAAAAACUCUGAGGAGGGUGACACACAGGGAGCCUGGGGAGAGGGUGGAGACAUGAUGUUGGUGUUGAAGAAAGACACUCUCAGUCUGAUGGACCCAUCCGACCACACCCUCCUCCAUUGUCAGGCCAUCAUUAACAUCCGUGUCUGGGGAGUCGGCUGCAACAAUGGCAGUGCAUACCUCCACCUCUCCAGGCUCUCCUCCACCUGCAUCCUACUCUCACUACAGAUCACAAUGUCAUCCGCGAACAUCAAUGUUGUGGGCUCUUUCUUUGACGCUUUUGAGAAAAUUGCCAAAGAGUUAGAAUGGCCUGAGAAUAGGUGGACAUUGCUUAUCCAGAGUGUGCUUGAGGGCAGAGCCCAGGGAUCUUAUGCGACGUUAGAUGCUUCUGACAGCAGAGACUAUGAUACUGUGUGGAAGGUGGUUGUGGCAGUCUAUGAGGUGGUGCCAGAAGCCUAUUGA